GUUGCAUGUCGCGGUUUACAAAUCUCGAAACGUGGUCGGACAAAUUUUCAACGAUCGUCAUCGAGAAGAACCAAUGAAGCUGACCGUACUCAAUACAGGUAUCUAAAUAUGUAUCAAAAUCAUUGCGAGGAGACGAUAAGAGAUGAUUCAUACACACAACCUUUAUGAUAACAAAACUUCAUGAACGACAGGAAAAACGUGCCAGUUGUAUAGAAAAUUUUGUUAAGGAAGUUGAAGUUGUGAAACGCAGCAUAAGAUCAUUGGCCAUAGGAGUGGAGCAGUUUGAAGUAAGCAUGGUGUAGAAGUGAAAGUGAGAGUGCAUUGAAUCGUAUUGUUUUAUUGAAACCAUGUACGUAAUCGUCGAGCGGAGCCUGCGACGCGUAAAAUAAGGUUACCUUUCUUUUAUUAAAGAACACAAAUUAUUCGGAGAAAAUACGGUUAGUCACGUAUCAAUGUGUUUUAUACAUUCAUGGUAGAAAAACAUUUCGUGCAUAACCACGAGAAAUCCAUACAACCACGGACAAGAUGUAACAGAAAAUACGCACGAUAAAAUAUAUAAUCGCCGAGUUAGCAAGGAAUAAAUUGACAAUCAAGUACCCUCAAAAUGAAAAUACGUAACUGAAAACGAAGCAUACACAUAUACCCAUAACUGGUAAUAUUUCUGGACACGAUACAUACAUUGAAACAGAGCUCACGGAAAGAGAUAGCAGUUAGUUUUUGCAAAAGACGCAGUUACACGUUGCCGAAACAACUUCGGCGAGAACGUAGCGUAGAAUCGGAACUCGAUUGGGGUCGAGUGUGCAGAAUCGAUCGUUGCAUUUUCGACGCUCGCGCUUCCCCCUUUUUUCAUCGACAGAAGAGCAACGACAGGAACGGACGUUUCACGAGGCACAAAGGGAAAAAUGUUAGAAUCGAUAGAGUGGAUUGCUCGUUGAUUUUUUAGACCAGCGACACCGGUUUUUCGGUGAGAGAGUGCGUGUUUACGUGCGAGCGAACCAAAACAUCAAUGACCUUGAAAGAAGAGCAGUCACGUGACCAGGAGAGUAGCCCCGGGAUUGGACAGAAUCGAGGCGCAUAUAAUGUGUAUUGCGCCGUGCGCGCCCUGCGUCCCGCAUUCCGUGCCCGAUAGAUGGUAGAGAGGUUUGUCUAAGAGGGGAAAAGGGGCGAAAGACAGACUACGCGACGGCAACGACAACGACGGCGGCUACGAGGACGACGAGAAAGACGAGAGAGAGUGCCGUUCGCCCGUACGUCCGUGUGUGUGCGCGCGCGUUGCUCGCUUGUGUGUUGUCCCAAGAUGAAGUCCGACUCUAAACCUUUGUUGACAGCUCAGGCGGAAAAGGCGAAUCAUUACACGUAAGUAAGCGGUCGCCGGGCCGGUCGCGUGCUACGUGAAAAAAAGUGAGAGAAUAGGAAAAAUUGGAGGCCAAAAAGUGCGUGAUUUAAAGUGGAGUGCAAACGAAAAGAGUAUCAUUAAUAAAUAUACAUACGUGCACAAAAAAAAUAUAUAUACAUAUGUAUAUGUAAAUAAAUAUACUAAAAAAAAAAAAACGAAAGAGAAAGAACGGAAAAAAGAGAGAGGGAGGGCCGCGAGCAGCGCGGCAUCAACGCGCGCGUCAAAAAACGCCACGAAAUAAUGUGUAGCUCUGUGGAUUCGCAUUCCAGAUACUUGAAGGAAUUUCGCGUCGAACAAUGUCCCCUCUUUAUACAGCGCAAAUGCACACAACACCGACCCUUCACGUGCUUCAACUGGCACUUUAUGAACCAGCGGAGGCGCAGACCGGUGAGAAAGAGGGACCGCACCUUCAACUAUAGCGCCGAUAAUUAUUGCACCAAGUACGACGAGACCACCGGCAUAUGUCCAGAUGGAGACGAAUGUCCAUUUCUUCACCGCACCGCUGGAGACACAGAAAGACGUUAUCAUCUUCGUUAUUACAAGACUUGCAUGUGUGUCCAUGAUACGGACACACGUGGAUUCUGUGUCAAGAAUGGACCUCAUUGUGCCUUUGCACAUGGCAAUCAUGAUCUUCGUCCACCUGUCUAUGACAUCAAAGAAAUACAGGCGCUGGAAAAUCCUGAUUCAGAUCCCAAUUCGUCAUCGAAUGGACCAAAUAUAUUGGAUAAAGAAAGGAAUUUAAUGAACGAAGAUCCCAAGUGGCAGGAUACAAACUAUGUACUCAGUAACUAUAAAACAGAACCAUGCAAACGUCCACCGAGACUUUGUCGUCAGGGUUAUGCUUGUCCGCAAUAUCACAAUAGCAAAGAUAAAAGACGUAGUCCGCGUAAAUAUAAAUAUCGGUCUACACCGUGUCCGAAUGUAAAACACGGAGAGGAAUGGGGUGAACCAGGAAAUUGCGAACAGGGAGAUGCUUGUACGUACUGUCAUACGCGUACGGAACAGCAGUUUCAUCCUGAAAUAUACAAAUCUACAAAAUGCAAUGAUGUACAGCAGGCUGGUUAUUGUCCACGCGGAGUCUUUUGUGCAUUCGCACAUGUCGACCUGUUGCCAACAGAAGAAAUGAGCCUGGCGAGGGACAUGGCGGUACCUAUAGAUUGUGGCACCAAUCUGGCAGAUAUUCUCAGUAACGCGCUUCCACCUGACAAGCGCAGUCAUGAAAAAGAUAAACCACUUAGCGAUAGCAGUAAUGGAAGCGGUGAAGUAUCAGAGUCAGCAAGUACCAGUAGCAUUGGUAGCAACAGUUCACACAGUAAAGCUCCUGGUGCUCAACUUCAUAAUUCGAAUUCCAAUACUGCUGUAAAUACUUCGAAUCAACAUAAGUUAAGCAUACUGUACAAUCCUAGUUCACUCCUCCAGGUUGGCGAAAUUCGUAAACAAAUGGUUGCUAUAGAUAGCGAUCCCUUAUUAACAAAAGCUGAGAAGGCUCAGCAAAAACAAAGUUUGUACAUUGCUUAUAGUUUAAAUGGAACCUUGGGCAGUCAUUCGUUAGCAACUACCGUAUCACCACUUUCAAGUUCAUUUUAUCCAAAUGAUACCGUUGAAUCUGUAGUAGGGAAUGCAUUAGACGAGUUGCAUUUAGAUGAUCCUUUAAAUUUAGUUGAAUCAAUUCAUAGGGAUACUAAUUCACCAAUUAGCAAUUCAAUAUCAGCAGGCCUAGCAAGUUCUGGAUUAUUGGGGAGCUCGGCUCCAGUUAAUAUUCCUGGAAUGGCUGAUCGUUCGUUUCCUACCAAUUUUUCACCGUCUACAUCCAGCCCACUUCAGCAAUUACAUUCAGCAAGUUUUCUUACUGGGUCCAGGUUUUCUCAUCAAGAUUCUAUGGAAUCGACUAUGCCAUUUAUGAAUCAAGUAUCAGAUCCAUUUAGCAAUCAUAUCUCACAACUUAGCAGUUCAGCUUCUAAACUUAGUGGAUUUAAUAGUAGCUUAUUUGAUUUUACGAAUCAAGGAAUGUCUCCAUCUCGUACACAACCUCUCCCAGCAUCUCCGUUGGUCAAUGCAUUUUCCAUCAGUCCUAGUAAUACAGGAUCUUUGUCCGAGGUACAAAGGCUUAGAGAAGAAUUAACAUCGAGCCGCGCUCAAUUAGCAACAUGGGAGGAACGAAUUAACCAAGCUAGAGCAGCUUGCGCCGCCUGGCAAUUAGAAACCGAGGAAGCUACAAGUAGAGCAAGAAUCGCUGAACAGCAGAGAGAUGAAGCCCUAUUGAAAGUGAAAGCUUUGACGGCAGAGAACGAAGCAUCCAGCGGUGGUGGCCCUUACCUUCAUACAUUGAGAAGAACAAGUGAACUUAGAACAUUGUCGAUAGCUGCGUUAAAGACGAUUCAAUCGCAACUCCGUUCGGAUCUCGAAGAGGUGGAAAAGGUGCUGUACAGAGAAACGGCAACAAAGUGCAUGGUUUGUGAGGAACAAAAUCGCACUGUUACCCUCUCACCCUGUAACCACUACGUGGUCUGCUCGACGUGCGCUCCAAAUCAACGAGAGUGCCCGUACUGCCAGACUCCGGUUGUCUCCACAAGUUAGGUCUGAAAUACUUUGUUAGAACUCCCCGUUGUUAUAAUUACCGCAGUUUCUCAGUAACAAGGACAAAUAUUAUAUCUUCGAUGCUCCGACGCGAGAGGGGAGCGUUAGAAAACUUGACACGAAAAUCAGUACUUUGAAACCAACACGAUGGUGGUAUACAUAUAUUGUAAAAGAAUUUUGAAGAAUUCUUAACUGCGGUAUAGACGCAUGAUUGCAAUAGAGGAGAGAGACGAAACAAAUUACAGCAAUAUUAUAAUUUGACUAUCGCCAAAGUUAAUACGGAUGUGAUAUAAGACUUCGUGAACGUAGUCUCUAUUUGUCAUACCUUGUGUCAACAGUCAUUACCUGCUAUAUAGCUUGUCUACAAAGAUUCUGACGUCACAUCCUUUGUAUUAAGAAAAACGAAUAUUAUCGAGAUCUUGAAAAUGGAAAAGAAUACUUUAUUAUUUAAUAUAUAAUUCAAAGUACAUUUAUUAGCCAGGGUGCUAGCUGAGAUAGUUAGCAUUUACAAAACCAGGUAUGUGUACUGAGUUACACAAUAUGUAAAGCGAAAAUAAAAAUGUUAUAAUCGGAAUAAUGACGGACAAAGUUUUGGGACCUCUAAAGUAUAUAUUUGUUUAAUGAGAAUUGUAAUAUCAUGAUUAAACGCAACAAAAAGUAACACUGUCCCACACGUAACGUUUGCGGGACGAUUUUCUUCGAUUGCUACUGAGCUGUUAAACGUAUGUCACGUCAAAUGAUAUUUCUAUUGUAUUUAAAACUAUAUUUAAAUAGGAUCUUUCAAUUGACCUGUACUGAUAAUGACGCAAACAAGUAUUAACAAAUUUUAUAUCCUUGGUUGAGAAGGUAGUAUUGAUGAUAUCUCUUACUCUAAGACUAUAUGAUUUUUAGGUUUUUUAUAUAAAAUAAUAAAAUUGCUCGUUUUUAUAACGAUGCAGAAAUUGGGA